AUGCCAGAUUGGAGCAAAGUUCAGACAAUCUGAACGUCAAUUUCUGUUUUAUUGGAGUGAGUUGAUUCACUUUCCAUGAAAUUCGCAGAACACUCUUCUCAACAAACGAAGUUGGUUUUUAUCUUCCUAAGAUAAAAGUAAGAUAAAAACGAAAAAAGUAAAUGAUUGAAAAAAUUAUUACACUCAAGCUGAGACAUAAAUCGAAAAAGUAAUUGAACAUUUUCAUUGUUCUUUCACUCGUCUGUGAUUGAAAUUGGAGUAAUCAAAAUCGAAUGCACGGCUUUUCAGAUAUUGAUUGAUACUGAUAGAGGUGUAUAAUAUAUGAAGCAAUUUACAAUAUUGUAAGAGUUCAAACAGAAAUUGAUUUUUUUCUGUUGUACAACUAAGAUCAAUAAAUACAGAUUUGUGAAAUAAAUAGAUUCCAAUAAUUGAUUUUAUUUACUCUGAUUUUGAUUCUGGUAACACACAAGUUUCACACUUCAACUAAAUCUUAUCAUUCUACUAACUCUAAUAAGUUGAUAAGAUUGGUUCCACCAUAAUGAUUGGAAUGAGGUUAUCAUUGUUGAUCAUGACAGUCUCAAUGCAAUUACAUGGAUAUGUGAGCAUGCCCUCGCAUGCUAACAUCACAAAACGACAGACUGACUGCGAGUUUAGCCUGGAAUGUGCGUCACAGGACGAAUGGUGUGUUCACGGCAAAUGUGAGUACACGUGUGCAAGCCCCAUGGACUGUCAGUCGUGGUCACAAGAUGGCGGCUACUGUGUGGCACAGUCUGCAACCGGUUUCUGCCGGUUUUUCACUGUUGAAUUGGACGAUAUCUACUCAGCCGAAGGAGCUCCCAAGCUGAAAACCGGCUUGAAGAAAGAAGGUUCCUAUUGCUCAAGGACGGAUGAUUGUGCCCCUCACCUGUAUUGCCAUACCAACCACAAAUGCACUGAUCCCUGUAAACAUCUGCUUAUGUGCACUUCUGAUGGAUCAGACGAUAACCCAGGGUUUGUGGUUCCCAGACUCAAUAGCGAGUAUCAACCCAGUGACAAGUAUCGCUGUUUAGUCGAAAAUUAUGAUGUGGGUUGUCACUAAUAAUAAUAAUUAGUUAUUUAAUGGAAAUGUACUGGCAACAUACUCUUGUAAAUGUUGUCUAUUCAUGAGUUACUAAUCAUCACGCAAAAAAAUCCCAUGAAUAAUUAUUAAUAAAAUGAUGGAUAAACUUGUUUCUAUACAACAUUUUUGUAAUAAUUAUCCUUGACAAAAGGUCGCAAUGAGUAAUACCAUAGAGAAACAAUAGCAUAAGUAGAUAUCCCAUGGUAUAGGGCGUUUAUGUCGCAACUCUUACUGUUAUCUCAAGCCGAUAGUCCAUGUAAUUCUUUCCCGUGAAGCUGUGUGACACUGGUAGUCUCUCAUAUUGUGCCGUUCAUACACUCUCAUCCCAACAAAACGGUAAAAUUCGACAAUAAUCGACAGUAAUCGGCUUGAGAUAACAGUAAAAGUUGCGACAUAAACGCCCUAUACCAUGGGAUAUCUACUCACGCUAUUGUUUCUCUAUGAUAAUACCAUAUU